AUGACAACCACACACGAAACUCGUGUUUUUGCCGGCGUCACUCUUAUUGAUACUCCGGUGGUACGGGAAGCAUUGGAAUUCGCCCGAGCCCAUCAUGAUCCAAUGUCAUUUCACCAUGUCUAUCGGUCUUGGAUCUUUGGCGCUUUGAUUGCUUCGAAAAUACCAGCAUACGAGAGCGUAGACCUCGAAGUCCACGCUGUGUCAGCUAUCCUUCAUGAUCUGGCAUGGGAUUAUGAUAGUGUCUUCGCAACCAAAGACAAGCGUUUCGAGGUCGAUAGUGCAAACGCCGCCCGCGAAUAUCUGAAGCGCGAAGCGCCCGGAUUCAACCAGCGACAGCUGCAGAUGGUCUGGGACAGCAUUGCACUGCAUACCACCUCCAGUAUUGCGCAGCAUAAGGAGAUGGAAGUUGCUCUCUGUCAUAUGGGAAUCACUGCAGAUUUCCUGGGUUCCGGUCUUCCCGGUGGUCUGAUCACGAAAGAGGAACAUAGUGCCGUUGUCAAAGAGCUGCCACUUCUCGAAUUCAAGGACUCCGUGAUAAAGCUUCUUUGCGCAUUGUGCAAACACAAGCCCGAGACGACAUAUGAUAACUUUGUGCGGGACUUUGGAGAGCGUUUUGUGGAUGGGUAUUCGAGGGAGUCAAAGACUUUUGUUGAUAUCUUGAUGGUACCGCUGGAUUGA